CACAGUUUAUUGCUCGUUAAGGGAUUAAGAGGUUAAAGCAACAUAAAAUUUGUAGGUAGAUUGUGCAAUCAUACCUAAUAUACAAGCCCAAUAUAUAAUUAUCUAUUUUUCUGGAAAAAUGGCAAGACUCACGCAAAUUCUAUUUAUAGAAAUAUAUUAUUAUCUAUUAGUAAUGGAAUAGAGAAUAUCACUAUAUCCGGAGAACGAGAUGCAAUCGCUUAAACAAAUAUCUACUCUCAGCAACAGAUCGGAAGUUCAGUUUCUAACCUUAAUGGCUCAAGAAGACCACCAAUCUCCGCCGUAUCUCGGUCAAGUACUAGUCAUACGUCCACCGCCUGUCUUUUCUGUCCACGAACAAUACAUCUCGAGUAAAUUCCAGAUCUUGAAAGCAUACGAAUCACCAUUACCUACUCACGAUUUCCUCCAAACCUAUGCGCGGUCCGUCAAAGUCGUCCUAUGCUCCGCCGGGAGUCCGAUCACAGCCGACGUGUUACAUGACCUUCCAGCCCUCCAACUUGUUGUCUCCUCCACUACCGGCGUCAACCACAUUGACAUGGCAGAGUGUCGCCGGCGCGGAAUUAGAGUCACUAACACCGGAGAUUUGUUUUCGGAUGAUGUAGCUGACGGCGCCGUUGGACUUUUGAUCGACGUCAUGAGGAGAAUUUCUGCCGGCGAUAGAUUUGUUCGCGGCGGUCGUUGGCCUGCCUUAUCGGAGUAUCCUCUUGGUUCUAAGUUAGGAGGCAAGAGAGUUGGGAUUGUUGGGCUUGGAAACAUUGGGUCAAGUGUGGCCACAAGACUAGAGGCCAUGGGCUGCAUGGUCUCUUACACCUCAAGGCAUAAAAAAGACUCCACACACUACACUUUUUAUCCAAAUGUCCUCCAACUCGCUUUCAAUUCAGAUGCGCUCAUUAUCUGUUGUGCGUUGACCAAUGACACACGUCACAUGAUCAACAACACAGUCUUGAGGGCAUUAGGAAAAACAGGAGUGAUUGUGAAUGUAGCACGUGGGGCUAUCAUUGACGAAGUGGAAUUGGUGGAGUGUUUGGUUGAAGGUGAGGUUGGUGGUGCAGGUUUGGAUGUGUUUGAGAAGGAACCAAAAGUACCAAAUGAGUUGUUUGAAUUGGAUAAUGUCGUGCUUUCGUCCCACAGUACUGCGUGCACAAGAGAAUGCUUUUAUGAUGCUGCCCAAACUGUGGUAGCUAAUUUGGAAGCGUUUUUCAUGAGCAAACCCUUGCUUACUCCUGUAUCCUAGUCUUAUAGUUUGCACUUCGCUAGCGAAUUUCCAUUUGGUUUCGAUAUAAUAAAUGUUCUAACCUUUUCUUUUUGCAUAUAAUUACAAUUCAACCUUCUCACGUGGGAGGGCGUUAAAAAGCAGGUUACAUAACUUUAAAUAUCAAAUAUUGAGUGUAUAUGCUACAAGACGUUUUGUUUUAUGUAUUUAUACUUAAAUAAAAUGAAAAUAAACGUAUUUUAGAAUUCGAUCCUCAAGUUGAAAAUGUCAACAGUUGAUCUUCAAGCUGUUGUUUUAUCUUCUGGAGCCUAAAUGAAACUCUUGGUAUCAUCAUACUAGAGUACUUGUGGCUUUCAACAAAGAAAGUACUCUUUAUUUUGAAUGAUCUAUAAAACGUAUGAUGAUAUCAUCUUCUUUGUUUAUGUUGUUACAAGAAUCUAUAUUCUAUUUGUGACCAACUUUUAAGUAAUC